AUGGCCAGAACGGAGAAGACAGGCGCACACCCAGCGUCGGAUAUCGAGGCUGUUCAGCUCGACCGUGACAACAUUACCAAUGAGAAAUCAGGACCACGUCCUGGCGAAUACGUGGAAAACCCGGCCAAAUACAACCAAGAGACGGAGCACAUCGGCACUCUAGAUCGCAGACUCAAGUCUCGUCAUGUGCAAUUCCUUGCCCUCUCUGGUGCGAUUGGCACAGGACUAUUUGUCGGCAGUGGCCAGGUCAUCUCGCUGGCUGGCCCCCUCUCGGCCGUACUCUCGUACGCCAUCACUGGCUUCAACCUCUUCUGCGUCAUCAACAGUCUCGGCGAAAUGGUUACUUGGCUGCCCCUCCCUGGCGCUGUCCCCAUCUUUGCCACUCGAUAUGUAGACGAGGCUCUGGGCUUUACCCUUGGCUGGAAUUACUGGUACCAGCUGGCCAUUGGCGUGCCGCUCGAGUGCACAUGA